AUGAUGACAGAUCAGCCUGUCGAAGAGCUCAGUAUCCCAGUCGCUGCUCCUGUCCCUGUCCCUGUGGGCCAGCCAGCCCUUGAGGAACAGCUACAGCAACAUCCUGCCAGGGAGCACAAACCAAGCAGGAGGAGAAACUCCUCCGCCGGCAGCUCACAGACGACCCGCAAACCACCGGGCGGCGAAUCGGACAGCGACUUCGAGUCUGACCCUCCUUCCCCUAAAAGCAGCGAGGAGGAAGACGAGCCGGAGGAGGACGAAGGACUGAACAGCGAGCAAGAGCACGGAGAGUUCUUCAACGAACUGGACAAUGUGGAGGAAACGGAGACGCUGGGCCAGAGGCCUCUGUUAAUGGACUCGGAGGAGGAGUACGACAAACACAGUUCUGACUCUGACUAUGAACCCAGGAAAGCUAAGGGAGGACGAUCAAAGAGGCUCCCAGGAGGUAAAGGAGGGGAAGUGGCUGCUGCGGCUACUGUCUCCCAUGAGGGAAGUCCGAGAGGGGAGUCGGAGGCCACGCUGAUCACGAUCACACCUUCCGAGUCGCCCGGUGUGGCUGCUGUUAGAGCUCCCCCUAGUGGUGGUGGGAUCAAGGACAUAUUUGGUGCCGAUGUGUUUUGCGCGGUGCCCUUCUUUCCCCCUGUGGCGUCCCCCACAGAAAGCGCAGACAUCUUCUCCGCGGCUCCGUUCAGGCAGGUGAGCCAGGAGGCUGUGGUCAGCCAGACCAUGGAGGAGUUUGACGUCUUUACAAAGGCUCCGUUCAGCCGGAACCUCUCCAAAUCUGGCAAGACCGGCAGCAGCGAUGUCCCCAUGGGUCAGACCCCGCCGGUGUCCCCUGACAGCAUCGAUCCGUUCGGCUUCUCCCCCUUCCAGCCCGGCCCCACGGCCCCGCCACCAACCACCUCCAGGAGCGCCGAGGACAUCUUCCGUCCGGCUUUCGAGGAUUUGGCCAGCCCCCAGCAGCAGAGGCUGAAGCAGCGCAGCCUCCAGAAGCUGUCUUCACGGCAGAGGAAGCUCUCUGGCGGCACCGACGGUGGCAGCAACGGCAAGCGCCACCACGGUACGCCCACCGGUGGCCGCAAGAGCAACAAGCCCAGCUUCCGAACCCCCGAGCGCGUCCGCCGGCACAAGAAGGUCGGCAGGAGGGACUCCCAGAGCUCCAACGAGUUCCUCAGCACCUCAGACUCCAAGGAGAACAUCAGCAUCGGCAGCGUAACGAUGGCCGACACCGACAAAGACAAAGGCGCUUCCCUACCUAGCCUUCCUGGUGAGGUCGACCCCAUCUUGGACCCCUUCGGUGCCAAACCCUUCGGUCCUCAAGAUGGCAGCCGACUCAACCAGGGCCAGUACCAAGGUCUGAUGGACGGCAAGACAGACAUAGUUUCGGCCAAUGGCAGGCCUCAGACCAGCUCCCUCCACGGCGCGCUGGGGGAUGGGAACAUCACGGAUGACUUUGGGGCGGUGCCCUUCACAGAACUGGUGGUCCACCCCGGGCAACAGCAGCCGUCUCAGCCGGUGGAGCUGGAUCCUUUUGGGGCUGCGCCUUUCCCCUCCAAACAGUGA